AUGGCGGAGCUGCUGCUGCUGACGCGGGUCCUGCCCGGGGGUGGGGGAGGGGCGGGGGCGCCCAGCCCGACCCCUCCCCCACCCUGGGGAGCCUCCCCCACGCCCCCAAAGGGCGGCGGCUCUGGGGGGAGCCCCUGGCGCUGGGGGGUGGCGCUGGCGCUGCUCGGGAGCCUCCAGGUGGCCCUCGGGGGGUCCCUCCUGGCCGCCCUCGGGGACCCCGCGGGGGCACAACUGGGGGUGCCCCUGGGCAGCGGGCCCGUGCUGCUGGUGGCGGGGGCGGUGCUGGCGGCCAUGGCCAAGGGCCCCUCCGCGGGACGGGCUCGGGCCGCGCUGGCGCUGGCCAUCGUGGCGUCCAUCGUGUCCUUCCUGGCCCUGGGGGUGCAGGGGCUGCUCCUUCUCCACAACUGCUUCUGGUGCUACGGCCUGGGGCCGGCCGCACAGGGGGCGCUGCUGGGCACGCAGGUGCUGCUGAUGAUGUCAUCGGUGGCGGGGGCGGUGCUGGCCGUGAUUGGCUGCGUGGCGGCCACCAGGGGGCACCCCAGGGCGGGGCCAAUGCCCGUGGUGAUCUACCAGACAGCGCUGCCCGCCGCGGGGGCGGGGCCAGCCGAGGCCACACCCCCCGCUCCACAAUAAAGACCAAUCAGAGCUCA